UUUUACGACAGCACAUGAAAGCAGCGCUUGUCCAAAGGGCAUCGCUGCUCCCUCAGACAGGUGAGCUACCUGCGUCUCUUUAAACGCCUCAUGGCUGCGUGUCGUGUGUUUGACGCUGCUUUUAAUUGCUAAACCCUCCAAUGUCGCGGAGACUCUUGCUGUGGUGAUGGUGAAUAAUCAUCUGACUGCUGCCGGCUGACAAUGAAGUUUCCAGACUUCAAGAGUUGACUUUUACCACCUGCUGUCACCCAACAAGUGCAGUAACCUCUUCAAACACCAGCUCUGUUAUCCAGCAUAUUUAUUGCCUUAUUGCCACCAUUCCACUGUACACUGCCAGCGGAUCCUCAGACAUUAUCUACCUGUGCAGCUCUUGUCAAGGUGCUGCCAUUUGCUGUGAAAAAAAAAGAAAAAGCUUCCUCCUCAGUUCUUCCUGGCUUCACAGGUUCAUUCCCCCAAAUGAUGCGGACGGACAGCAAAGGCCGCAGCGCCUCGCCUCACAGGAUAACCUACAAGUCUGACUUCCACGCCAUAAAGUGCUCAUUCGACACUGGGACAAAAGCUGCGGCCUCCGCACAGCGCUCUGCUGUGCACUCAGCCAAGUUGCAGGCCAGCCUGUCAGAUCCCAUGAUGUCUCACACCAGCACCAGCGCCAGCCCAGGCAGCAGAGGGAGGGUUCACAGCACCAGGGGCACCAAGAUCAGAGAGAACAUCUUCCUGCAAAUGGACAGCCAGCAGCUGAAACAAGAUGGUGGUCCAGUGCUGAGUUCUGGCCCGGCUCCCCUCCUGUCUCCACAUAAUCCUAGCCUACAGCCCCAGACUUCUCCUUUCUCUGGAUCCAGACGCCCAGUCGUCAGCUCCUCGGCCAAUAUUUCGACUACGGAAGCGUCUCUGCAAGAUAAACUCCCCAGAUCAGAGGACAUGUCGGAUAUCGACAGAGCUGCUCUGGCUGAGAAGUUCUCCGUGACGCGGAAGUUGUUCGAGACGAAGGUGAUGGAGGGUGAAGGGCAGGUUUCGAAAGGCAGAGUGAGCAGGGGGAUGGCAGAUGGGAAAGGAGGAGAGGAAGAGGUGGGAGGAGGUGUCAGCCAGGUGGAGAGGGAGGAAGAAGCAAGUGGGAAUAGGAGGCACACGGAGACGGAUAGCUUUGAUAAAGACAAAUCCAUAAACCCACCCAUCAUAAAUAUUUCCUUGGUGAAGCCUCCUGCGCAGGCCCCGCUGACAGGACACCCUAAAUCUCCUUUAUCGGAUGGCCCUAGCGAAGCCUCUGCUACAUCUCCCUCCUGUCUUGACGAACAUGGUCAAACCAUGGCACCCCAAACAGAGAAACAAACUCCAGAUCCCAACGUCUGCUUGACCCCUGAGACUUCGGUAAGGGCAGAGCUAGUCGACGUAAAGAACGAGUCAUCAGAAAGUGAUGAGAACGAAGAAGAAAAGGAGCGAAAAGAAGCCAAAAACUGGCGUAACGCUGAGGAGGGAAAGGACGUGACCAGAGAAAGUGUGCAGGACCUAGUGGAUGAUGUUUUUGACGAGCCCUACAUGGAAACGACACCAGCGGGCCCACGAGCAGGAGACUGCAGGCCAGUCGUUCCCUCGGAAGAACAGCAGGAGGAGUUCCCCGUCAGCAUGCCAUGUGAAAGAGAAACUGAGGAUGUAGGAGGAGAGGGUGGAGGAGACAAGUAUCGGCAGGUGAAUGAACAAUGGGAGGAGCAGAGGGCUGAGAAAACAUGCACAGAAGAGGGGGAUGACACAGAAGAAGGAGUGGAACAAAGUGCUGGAAGGAAAGCAAGAGGCAUGAUGGAAGAGGACGGGGAGGUAGAGUCGCACGGCGUGGGAAAGAGGAAAGGCGGAGAAGAGGAACGCAAACAAAGUCAAGAGAUGGAAAGAAGUGGAAAAGAAGAGAGAAGCGAGAAGGAGGAGCACGUCAGCAAUGAUGGGAAAGAUAUCGGAGGAGGCAAAGAGGAGCAGACGGGGUCUGCAGCUGUCUGCGGGAUCGAGAACGAGGCCUUCGUGUACGAGCAGGAUUCCCAGUCCCACCCAGAGCAUUCCCCAAAAGAGGAAUGGGAAGUCUCCACACAUGCAGAAGACCAGCUUUUAUCAGAAUACAAGGAAAUCCCCGGUGUGCCUGAGGUGGUCGAUGAGGAGGAUGAGGAUGCAGCGGAAGCCGAGAGGAGAAAGGUCAGGUUCUCCUCAGCACCAAUCAAGGUGUUCUGCAUGUAUUCCAACUCCGAGUACGACAGACACAAUGAGGACAUCGACCCCGUGUCGGCCUCGGCUGAGUAUGAGCUGGAGAAGAGAGUGGACAGGAUGGAUGUGUUUCCGGUGGAGAUAGAAAAGGGUGAAGACGGUCUGGGCAUCAGUAUCAUAGGAAUGGGUGUAGGAGCUGACCAGGGACUGGAAAAACUGGGAAUCUUUGUGAAGACCGUCACCGAGGGAGGAGCGACACAGAAGGAUGGAAGGAUUCAGGUGAACGACCAGAUAGUGGAAGUGGAUGGGGUCAGCUUGGUUGGAGUCUCGCAGCUGUUUGCAGCCACAGUCCUGAAGAAUACAUCCGGCCUCGUCAAGUUUUUGAUUGGCCGAGAGAAGGAAGGCGUGGAGAGCGAGGUGGCGCGACUGAUCAAUGAAAGCCUGGAGAUGGACAAAACAUCAGGGAAGGGAGGAAGAGCGAGCGGAGAUCAAUACAAUGACAGUAGCUUCUCAGAGAGGGGCUCAAUGGCCGAGGAGGAGGAGGAAGACGAAGAUGAGGAUGUGUCUGUUCUAUCCAGCCUGGACCACUACCAGCUCUGCCUCAAAUACCAGCAGCUUCAGUCAAGAAGCCGAAGCCGAGCAGCGCAGCUUCACCACACCAGAGAAAAGUUGAGGGCAUUGGAAGAGCAGCAGGCCUGUUGGGAGAGCCAGAAGGAAGAGUUGGAGCAAAGAGCGGAGGACGGAGAAGAGAAGGCUGAAAAAAUAGAGAAGUAUUGGCAGGAGGCCCAGACACUGUGCAGGGUAGUGAGCCAGCGACUGGCUGAUGCCCAGAGCCAAGCAGAAAGCUUGGAAAUCAAAUACAGCAAGGCCAAGAGACUGGUCCGAGAAUACCAGAGCAGAGAGGAGGAGAGGGAGAAAAGAGAAGCGGAUAUGAGGAGAGAAAUGGAGGAGAGAGAUAAGCAGCACAGGGAGACAGUUGAAAGACUGCAAAGCCAGAUAGCACAGCUGGAGGGGAAAGAGCCGGACAGAAAGAACCACUCCGCCGACGCUUCAGUCACAGGUCCAGACUGGUACAUUCCAGUUCCCGAUACAGGACGUCUCGACUCCAGCGCUCACAUAGCCAGAGCUCAGCUGGCCCAGAAAUCCAAGCGCCACCCGCCCUCUCGAGACAAACUGAGAGAGAGCUUCAGAAAGCAGGAAGAAGACGCUCAGAAACACCAGGAGAGCCGCUCGCUGUCGGCUCCCACGGCGGUCCAAAGGAGCAGCAGAAGUGACCUGUCCAGCACCUCGUCCUUCCCCACCUUCAGUCCUCAACCUCCCACCAGCCUCGUCUUCACCCCUCCCAUUCACAUCAACAGCACAGUCACUCCGUCACUCUCACAAUCCUCAUCCACAUCCAGAAAGUCCAAAAGGAAAUUUCCCGACUUCAGUGGCCUUCGCAAGUCUCUCAGCAAAAGGAGAAGUGAGAAACACCGCAAGAGAUCCAUAACCAACAGCAGGGGGUCGUGUGGUGACCUGGUGGACGAGCCGGCAGGAGUUUCUCCGUCAGGCUCGAUCACCUCCAUGCCUUCUUGCCUGCCCUUCCCCUGGUUUGGGGAGCGAGGGAGGGAGAAAGAAGAGGAGGUGGAGAGAGGCAGGGAGAGACUUCGAUCUGUGUCCAGCAGCAGUUUACCGUACCUGACCACCACAGGUAGAAGAGAUCAGACGUUGGACGAUGACCCAGUUCCCAGCAAUAACAACAACCAGUGGCAAAGUCGGCCCAUCUCGGAGUGGAACAGUCAGCAGGUGUGUCUGUGGUUAGUCGCCAUGAACAUGGAGCAGUACGCACCUGAGUUCACCGCCAGAGGUGUGGACGGGACGCAGCUGCUCAGCUUGGACAGUGAGAAACUAAAGGCUCUGGGCGUGUGCAGCCAAAGCGACCGGUCCGCCCUCAAGAAGAAGCUGAAGGAGAUGAAGAAGAGCGAGGAGAAAGAACAGAAGAAGGGAGAGAGGCGGCAGAAGGAGGGAAAGGAGAAAGACAAAAAUGCAGUUUUGGAGAACGAAGAGAAGGAGAGGGCGAGGAUGAUGAUGAUGGAGAAGUCCGUCAAAGACACCAGACGCAGCGGCAAAACCGUCAGAACCGAGUCGAUCUUAUGAAGGCGACGUCGGAGCUGCACUACCAGCAUGAGGAUAAACUUGAAGCAAUCUCUGUUUAGUUAAAACAAACAGCUAGAUCUACUGCACACAUCCCGUCUCUAAUAGUUUAAGAUACAGAAAGCUGGUUGAAUUUUAAUGGAUGGCACCAAAGUUCACACUCACAGCAAACAUGCGUCUCUCUGUACAUGUCAGGUGUAAUGUGUGGGACAACUUGAAACUGUUUUACAGUGAUGUUUUUUUAAUUUAAUCAUGAUUUUAAUAUUUAACAAUGUGCUGAUUUAAGCACUAAGAUAUUUGCUGUAAAUGCUUUUUUUAUGUAUUAAUAAAUAAUGCUUUAAUCUUU